AAUAUACUGCAAAAAAUUUAACCCUGUUCUACAGAUGCGGAAAGAGAGGUGCUAGAUAGAUUUAGGAUUGGAAUCCACAACUGCCUGGAUGCCAAGCUCCUGUUUCAGUUCCCAAAGCUGGAAGUUUGGCAGUGGAAGACCGUACAAAAAAUACUAGAUGGUAAAAGGAGCUGGAAAUGAGAGAAAAAUGAGUAGAAAAUGCUGAUUCAUGUGUUAGGGCGUUUGUGCAUCUUCAAAGGAAAGUGGAUGCCCCAAGUCUAGUCACUUUCUGGCCACCUUGACAAUUAUCCGCGAGGCAUUCUGAAACGAGCAAAGGCAAGAAAGAAGUACUACAGAAAAUGCCCUGAGAGUGUCAAAUGGAUGAAGUGAUUUUCAAGUCCCUUCUACUCUACCACAUCACAGACAUUUCUCCUGUUUUCACUCAUUUGAUUUUCACAACAACCCUGACGCCCAUAAACAGAGAGAAAUUCCAUCAUCUGUCCAAUCUUCUUGAAGCAAACUCAGGCCAGAAGGAGAGUUAUCCGACCUUUGGAGACCAAGACUAAACUGAAAUUUAAAAUGUUCUUCCGGGAGGGAUGGAGCUUGACUUACACUCGUGUAAUAAUUUGUUUCCUGACACUAAGGCUGUCCACCAGUCAGAACUGCCCCACUAAGAGUCUAGAAGAUAUGGUCAUUGACAUCCAGUCAUCCCUUUCCAAGGGAAUCAGAGGCAAUGGGCCCAUACACACAUUAACUCAAGAAGACUGCGCUAAUUCUUGCUGCUCAACAAAAAACAUAUCAGGGGACAAAGCAUGUAACUUGAUGAUCUUCGACACACGAAAAACAACUAAACUACCCAACUGCUACCUGUUUUUCUGUCCCAGUGAGGAAGCCUGUCCCCUGAAACCAGCAGAGGGACUUAUGAGUUACAGAAUAAUUAGAGAUUUUCCAUCUUUGGCGGGAACUGAUUUGCCAAGCCAGGAGGUAGCCCAAGAAGAGUCUCUGUUCCGCAGCAGGUCUUCACACACCAUCACUCCCACGCCCCCUCCUCCCACAGGUGAUUCAGAGCCCACGGUCUUCUGGAGAGAUUCAUUUUCUCGGAAGUUUGGAUCCUCAGAUCACUUGGAGAAACUACUCAAGAUUGAUCUGGCGAGUCCACAGUGGACUGUUUAUAAAGCAAAAGGCCACUCUCAGAACUCACCAUCUUCCUCAGAACAAACGGGAGCUCAUCUGCUGCCUGAAAAUGUGACAGUGUUCCUCAGUACGGUGGCAUUUGCUGCCCUGCCUGCCAUCCUGGCCACUCCAAAGCCUGCAUCUCUCGCGGCCGCCAACUCUGCAGGGAUACCUUCUGGGACUUCUCAGCCUCACGGGGCCACCUCUGCCCCACCUGUAGCCACGGUCACUAACACGACCACAACUGAGGCUCCGACUUCCAUCUUUAGGGCAUCGGCAGAUUCGAAAGGCCCACCAGACACGGUGCCCUUUAGAGACAUUGCCAGCUUGACUUUGAACACAGAGGUUGCCCGGGACCCUGCUACAUUUCCUUUGUCAAAUGUGAAUUCUCCCACUACAGAUACAACAGCUUCCCAGGAAGAUGGGAAGGCCAGCUCUGGUGGGCCCUCCCUGAGCCGUGCUCCAGAAAGACAGCAGGGCCUCGCAUUUGAACAGUGGCUCCUGGUCGGGACCAUGCUUUUUGGGGUUCUGUUCUUCGCCAUAGGCCUGGGUCUCUUGGGCAGAACGCUCUUAGAAUCCCUCCGCAGGAAACGUUACUCGAGGCUUGAUUAUUUGAUCAAUGGCAUCUAUGUUGACAUAUAAGGAGGACAUUAGAUGCCUCUUUUUUUUUUUUUUGGCCGUGGGAUGUGGGAUCUUAGUUCCCCGACCAGGACCAGGGAUCGAACCUGUGCCCCCUGCAGUGGAAGUGGGGAGCCUUAACCACUGGGCUGCCAGGGAGGUCCCUAGAUGUCUCUUUAUUCAUGUAGUUACUAAUAGCCCCUAUGCAGCAAGGUUCUGCUGAUUUGCUCAUCUUCGCAGGUUUUUUUCAGGUAUUUUGAAGAUAGGCAAAGAUGCCUCCUUCGAAAAGAAGCGGGGGAAAGAAACAAACUGGGUCAUUUGAAGGAUGUGUCUCUAAAAUAUUAGCUGAAAACAAAGCUCUACCUAAAGCAAUAAAGAAUAAUUGCCACAUCAAUUGGAAAACGACUGGCUUUUUACAAGGAAAAAGGGUUAGGACUCCUAGGCUCCAAUUCAUUAAUAUUUCUGGUUCCAGAUAAAGUCGACUGUUUAUGGUAUUAAUUCUAAUGGAUUUACUUUCCUUUUUAUAUGAAUUCCAAUAAAACUUAUUCCAGAUGUAUUUCCUUCCAAUUAAAUAUCUGAAUAAAUCUCUUGGUACUCAGUAAUGUUCUUGUAAGUGACACGUCCAGCUGGAUAACUUUAAAUUUAUUCCCACCAGCAAAAUGAUUAAAUGAUGAAAAUAUGUGUUCUAAGUUAAAAUGACAAACCCCCCUUAUCCCAUCAAUGAGCAAAAGAGGUUCCUUUGGGAGAAUUCUAGCAGAAUAUUAGCCUGCAUGGAGAUGAUGAUAAGUUCUGAUAAAUGGCCAGAUUUACUUUGGGUCUGUUCUAGUUAACUAUUUUUUCAAAAAAAAAAAAAAAGAAAAAGUAA